AUGAAAAGAGUUGACUUUCCGGGAUCUAGACAUCCUCUACAGGAAAAGAUCUUCCUUGGCUCUAUUCCUUGCCGUCGUUGCUUUGUUUGUGGGCACAGGGUUAUCGAACAAAAAGAGCCAGUUUCAGGUGUCAAAUGGACCUUUUACGGAUUUAAAUACAUAAAUGGUAUAGAUUGUAUGUUAGUGCAAGAGAGUACCUAUAACCCAGUUGCUAUCUAUGAAGAUGAACUUCUAGAUAGACAAAUGUGUCUUUGCACUACACCCGAUAAGUACUUAGCACCAGUCGGCACUAUCUUCAAUGCACAACGCCCAUUUUCUAGUUUAAAUGAAGAGCGCCCAAUCAAUCUCUUUUCCCCAGUAUUCACGGAAUACUCUCCCUACGUUAUCUCAACCGAAAGAAUUAUCCGCGGUCUGGACACCCGCACCACCUGUAUGAUCAAAAACAUUCCCAACAAACUUACUUCCAAACAACUUGUAGUUAUUCUUUCCUCCAUUUGCUUCAACUCUUUUGAUUUUGUCUAUCUACGCAUGGACUUCAAAAGCCAUUGUAACAACGGCUAUGCCUUCAUUAACUUUAGACAGCCCAAGUACAUUCCUAUCUUCCAAGCAGCCAUUCAAGGCAAGCGCUGGAAGAAUUUCAAAAGCGAGAAAAGGGGUGACAUUGCCUAUGCUCGUAUCCAAGGUCUGCCCAUGCUCCAAAAUCGCUUCAAAAGAAGUGACAUCCUCUCAGCCAGUCGUGAGUACUGGCCACUCAUCUUCAAUACCCAAGGCGAAGAAAUCCUAGCCAGUGAAUGGAAAGCCCCAGCCAAGCACUCCUAA